UAAUCCGACAACUGUUUUAAAUCAUCGUCCGGAUUAUUGGGUAUCAAAAAACCCAACAAAAUGUUUUAGUUACUUCAAUCAGUCAGCAAGCCAUCCAUUAUUUAACUGAAUACUCUAUGCGGCUUAGCAGAAAUCUGACAUGGCAUUUUCUUUGUUUACUUAUUUUUCUAAAGCCACACAUGUAAAUUUUUAACAGAUUUGCUCAGAUUAUCUCCUGAUUUGCAAUUUUCCCAAAUUAUUUUCUGACUACAGCACUAUAAUUCGGUGAAUUCUUACCUACAAUGGGGGGAUUCAACAGUUCCAGGGACGGAGAUUCUUGAUCUGUUUCCAAACCCAGUAUCAAGCAUUUCAAAAUUACUUCGAAUCCUUGUACUGCAACAUCUAAACUAGCUCUAGUAUACCAUGUUAAUACCAUUCACAUCUUGGUUCUUUCUUACUUUCUUUCUCCCAAAUAUCACUAGAUUUGGUGCUGUAGUGAUAAUGAAAACUAGUGAUAGAUUUGUUUGGUGUUUGGAGCCCAAGAAUCUAGUGAAGAAAUGGGUUCUUUCUGUUGCUGUUCUCAUACUGAUGACUUUGAGGAACACCGAAGUAUGAAACUGCAAUGAGUUAUUGGUGAUGUCAGUGGGGACAGGCGUCAUGGCGGUGGCAAUUGGUGGUGGGUUGGGUUGCUUUGGUAGGGAUGAACAAGAUGAAGAAAGCCCUUCAACUUCUUGUUAUAAGCGAGCCAAUUGUAGUGGACAAACAUAAUAACAUUUCUUCCAUCUGACAUCGAUUUUAACAGGUGGCAUUUGAAAUUGAAGAUUAAGCAAGAUGUUAAGCCACUCUGAAAAAUGCCAGGCCACGUGGAUUAUCCGUUAAAUAUUGGAUGGAACAAGUGGGUGACUAACAAUUUUACAAAGUUAAUUGUCCAGUUUGGAACAAAUUAAAGUUCAGUAACAAAAAUGAAAUUUUGGAUCCAAGGUCAGUUACUACUUGUCUUUUAACCCACUAUUCUUGUUUCCGUUCUUGAGGGCCUGUUCUAUAUUGACUUACAUUUAUUUAGGGCAAAAACUUUGUAGUUGAGUGGCAUUCUGGUUCUAAUAUUCAAUUAAUGUGAGCUAAUACUGCCUAUCGUUCCUCCAGGCUAUACCUCCCGAACAGCUGAUUCAAGUGCUAAACCUUUUUGUCCAAUUCUUCCUUGUCACGAUAGAAAUACAACUAGAUUUAACUCUUUAGACUGUCAUUUCACCAAUGGUUCACUGUUCUUGUUUGUCUAACCUAUUCAUUGUUGCAAAUUAUGCACUCAUUUACUCUAAAACUCUCCAGCAUAUUAGAUGAUUGAUGCUAUCAAGGUUAUUUAUUAUGUGUUUUUCUCAAGCAGCUUAAGUGAAUUAUAAAGAGUUGGUCCUUGUAGACUUUGGGAUUCUUCUACUUCAAAGAGUUCUCCUAGCCUUCAUCCAAGGAUAUCAGUUUCGAAGUUCAAUUUCCAAUCUGAGACUGGUAGGAGGUGAAGCACUAAGUUUUCAACUACAAGACCAGCCCUCUGCUCAUUCAACUAACCCACCUCAACAGGAAUUCACUGCCAUGGGAAGGACAAUUUCUCAAGAUCAGUGUCCUUCAUCAGACUCCGUACACAGUGAAAGCUAUGGGAAUCAUGCACAAGACAUGAAAUCUGCUGUGUUUUUUGGCAAUCCAGAUUUUUCCAUCAGUGCACACUCUAAAAUAAGCCAAUCAACAAUGCCGAUUCCGUAUGCUCAUUCUGAUUCCUACUUCAGCGGGUUAUUUACUGCUUACGGACCUCAUACUCUGAUUCAGCCUCAGAUGAUGGGUGCAUCCUCUGCUCGGGUCCCACUACCUGUUGAUCUGUCUGAGGAUGGUCCUAUAUAUGUCAAUGCUAAACAGUAUCAUGGAAUACUCAGAAGAAGAAAGAUACGUGCAAAGCUUGAGGCUCAAAAGAAGCUCGUCAAAACUAGGAAACCCUAUCUGCACGAGUCUCGGCAUCGUCAUGCACUAAAUCGAGUGAGGGGAUCUGGUGGUCGCUUUCUCAGCAAAAAGCAGCCGCAGCAAUCCGACUGCCUAUACCCUAAUAAUUCCCAGGCUCAGGCUCAGGCUCAGGCUCAGGCUCAUCAGGACUCCCUUCAUUUCAAUCAGAUAGGAGAUAUUCUGAAUGCUGAUGCACGUGAGAUUAAAACGAACAAGCAUGAUGUUCCUACUACAACCUGCACUGAACGUACAAGGAUCGCCAGUGCUGAUGUCAUUUUCCCGCUGGCCGAAGGAAGGUUCCCGCCCCACACGGCUGUUUCCAUGCAAGGUGGUAGUAACCUUGAAUACAGUGGAAAUAGGCAUUAUGCUUCCACUGUCCGGUAGGCAGUCAGAACUUGCACAACAGGCAAUUCAUCCUUGGCUUUAUCAGUUGACUAGUAUAUAAAUCUACCUACGUAGGACGUAACUGUAUGUGGAAUGCUUGAAAGGUUCUAGAUUUGGUAUUCUAUCCAUAUUCUGGUGUACUUGUUUUCUAACUGUUCUUUGGAUUGGUUUCUAAACAUUAACGUUUGUGUAAUAAGGAAAUUCUCCUUGUUUGUGCAUAUUAUUGCAUGCAUUAUUCGUUUGGCGCUA